AGCACGUACAUAGUCUCGCGAGAACUCGUGCCACGAUUACGUCGUUCUGGAAUACGAGCGUGAUGGUCGCGUAGCGAUCGAGCGUAACGAUCGUGCGAUCGCAAAAAUUUGACAGAACUUGUCACGGAUUUCUUUUUCUCCACGAUUCGUCAAUCGAAUUGUAUCGACGUUGUUAUCGUAUACAGGCAAUAUUUGCCGAUUCGUUCGAAUAGAAAGAAUUAUCGGAGGUAUCGGUUAAAUUUGCGCGGCGGUGUUUCGAAUGUGCCGGUGAAACAUAACCUUAUGCGAUGCGUCGUCCCCUGAUUCGCCAUCUCUCCGAGGGUGGUGCAGGUGACAACACCAGUGGCAGGAGGCAGCAAUCCGUAAAGGAGGAUGAUCGUGCCAGUUACACCUGGAAUUGCCGCGAAUACGGGCAUCACCUGUCUUCCUGCGACCUUCUCAAGGUUCCGACAGCCCUCGGAUGCCGGGGGCAAACCACGUCGCCGGAGCCACGAAUCGCGAUCCACAGCGGCCGAAGUAAAUGGAUUGACGGACGAUUAGUAGAGUAUGUACAGAAGAAGAGGUGGAAUUCGGAGGAUGGAGGUACGAGGGGGAGACAACAGCUCGAGCAAUCCGUGUAUUGCGAGGCUGAGUCCCGGCGUAGCGCUUCCGAGGACGAGAGACAAGAUGUUCAACCGGGUGGCAAUCAACAGGAGAAGAUCAAGAGUACCACGCAAGAUUUAUUCGAAUUGUUGGAAAGAGUGCAGUGUUCGCGUCUCGAUGAUCAGCGAUGCGUUCUACCGCCCUACUUCUCCCAGACCCCGAGGGAGGACAGGGCAGCGUCGAGUCCUGGUAAUCAGAAUAAUCACACACCCACACCGUCCCCGUCACCGGUCGGCGAUGCACCCGUUGGCAGGGCUCUUAUGGAGGCUGCGCUUCAGCAAGCCACUUCCGGAUCUCAGCCACCUCUGGUGGUGACACCGCCUGGUUACUGGGUCGACGGUACCGAUCACCGACACGCCCUCGACUCGGCCGGCAGGGCGUUACUUCCGGCCCAGCCUGCAUGGCAACCAAGGAUAGACCAAGACGACACCGCCAAGUGUUACAGGCGAUUUUUCGUCGGCAGGGUAACGUAUCGUGUUAUAUAUUCCUGUUUCAGCGAGGGGAAAGGUACAAGGGGAUUAAGUUUGUUAAAACUUUGUCGAAAGUAUGUCAAUGCAAGCGACUAUAAUAGUCAUCCUAGUACGUCAAUGCAAAGUGACUGUAAUAGUCGUUUUAGUACAUCAAUGCAGAGUGACUAUAAUAGUCGUCUUAGUACAUCAAUGCAGAGUGACUAUAAUAGUCGUCUUAGUACAUCAAUGCAGAGUGACUAUAAUAGUCCUCCUAGUAUAUCAAUGCAGAGCGAUUAUAAUAGUCAUUCUAGUACGUCAAUACAGAGUGACUAUAAUAGUCGUGCUAGUACGUCAGUGCAGAGUGACUAUAAUAAUCGUUAUAAUACAUCGGUGGCAUCUUAUUAUCAGUGGCAUCAUAUGCAAAGCGACUAUAAUAAUCAUCCUAAUACAUCAAUGCAGAGUGACUAUAAUAGUCGUCCUAAUACAUCAAUGCAGAGCGACUAUAAUAAUUGUCCUAGUACGUCAAUGCAAAGCGACUAUAAUAGUCGUCUUAGUACGUCAAUGCAGAGUGACUAUAAUAGUCAUCUUAGUACAUCAAUGCAGAGCGACUACAAUAGUGGUCCUAUCGCUCGUAGUACUUCAAUGAUAUCUUAUGUUAUGCAGAGCGACUAUAGUCGCCUAGCGAUUAUAAUAAUCGCUCAUAGUAUCUCGAUGGCAUCUUAUGCUAUCAACGAGUCGUUGAACGUGAGCACGCUGAUGCCCGUUGUCUGUUCCGGUGCCGGUACACUGAUAGCCCGAUACGACGAGCACGCUUUGGUCUCGAGGUUCAAAUUCGGCGUUCUUCAUCAACGUGCCGGCCAAGUGACCGAGGAGCAACUUUUUGGCAACAGGCAGAUCACGCCUGCCUUCCAAGAAUUUCUCGACUUGCUGGGGCAAAAGAUCGAUUUAAGGGAUCACAAAGGAUAUCGCGGAGGUUUGGACACCAGACACGGGCAAACGGGUGAUUCAGCGGUGUACGAGGUAUUUCGAGGCCGAGAAGUGUUGUUCCACGUCGCCUCUCUUUUGCCGUACAGCCCAGGGGACUCUCAGCAAUUGCAGCGCAAAAGACACAUCGGGAACGACAUCGUCGCGAUAAUAUUCCAAGAGGAGCCAACCCCUUUCAGUCCAGAUAUGAUCGCAAGCCACUUCUUGCAUGCAUUCAUCGUGGUACAAGUCGUCGACCCCUGCACACCUAAUACGAGGUACAAGGUCAGUGUAACGGCACGAAACGACGUUCCCCUGUUCGGCCCAGCCUUACCGACACCGGCUGUAUUUUUACGAGGAAUCGAAUUCAAGGAAUUCCUCUUGACGAAAUUAGUGAACGCCGAGAAUGCGGCGUAUAAAGCUGAGAAAUUUUCGAAACUCGAGUUGAGAACGAGGUCAGCUUUAUUGGAAUCUCUGACGGAAGAAUUGCAAGCAAAGACAGCGGAAUUUCUCGGCGGAGCGAUUGGAUUCGGAGGUGGGGGUCUAACUUUCGGAGGGAAUUGUCCAGUGAGCCCAACGGCGAACGACGCAUCGGGAUCCGGUAGCGGUGGAAGCGGGUCCAGAUUCAUCGACACCGUUCGAAAAGCUCUGAUAUCGCGAGUUAGAAACGCGUCGACGGAAAGCGUGCCGCAACAGUUGUCGAAGAAGGGCCAGUCAGAGUCUAGUCCGCCUAGCAAUCGACAAUCAACCACGAAGAUUAACAGCAAACGUUCGGUCGAGCCCUCGAGUCCCUUAGGCUCGCCCGAUUUAACCCUUAGAAGGGAUUCGGAGCGUGGAAGCCCCAGCUUGGGUAGCCAGGACAGUAGUUUGUCGAACACGGAUAAUCAAGACAGCAGUUUGGCCACUUUGCAGCAGGACGAGGUUGAUCGUAGAGAGUCUGCCACCUCGAUUUGUGCUAGCAACGAUAACACGGUGGUGGACAAAAUUUCGUCCGUUCAAAGACUGACCCACGAAAAUUUACGGAAGCAAGAGAGGUCGGAAAAGGCGGAAACGACCCAACGUGUUAUUUCGGAAAGUGACGACAGCUCGUUGAACAGCGAACUUGAAUUGGAUCAGGUUGUGUAUCCGGACAGCGACACGGGCCUCGAAUCGAUGAGCUCGGCCGAAACGCACGAUACAACGAGGUGCACAACCAAGGAUGGCGUUUUAGAAACGGAAAACUUAAGAAUGGAAGUCACCAGGCUUAAAUGCGACAAAUUAGAUUUACUGAGGCAAAAUGUGACCUGCCAACGCGAUAUAAAACGUCUGCGAGAAAAGGAACUUCAAUUGCAGUCCGAUCUCGCAGCCGCGUCAAAAGAAAUUCUUCGAUUGAGAGCUAUGCUAAAAGAAUGUUCGACGAGUAUUCCAUUGGACAACAACAAUCAACAGACAUCUACCGUUUAAAGAUGGCUUUUGAGACACAUUUAAUAUGAUGCCUUUAUCGGCGCGUAACUUCCCGUUGCAAUUAUUAGAUUUUAAUAAUUAGUUAGGCGCAGUAGUUGAAAACUCUAUAAAAAAAAA